CGUCUCCCAUCAGCUCGUGCGCGUGUGUGUAGGGUGUCAGGAAGCGAGACGGACGAACCGAUUUAACGGAACAUUUACCGCUAUCAGCCGCCGAACGGAACCGGACUCCACUCCUCUGUGGUCUACAGAGUGUAAUAUGGCAGACGAGGGCGUCGGAAAGAUGUCUAUCGAAGAGCUGUACGUGUCUGAUAAACAGGGCAGUGAUGCGGAUGGAGACGGGUCUGAACAGAAGCCCUUUAAAACUCCUCUCAAGGCGCUGUUGUUUGCUGGAAAAGAGCCGUUUCCAGUCAUCUAUGUGGACUCGCAGAAGGAAGGAGAGCGCUGGGCCGUCAUCUCCAAGACUCAAAUGAAGAACACAAAGAAGGCUUUUCAUCGAGAGCAAAUGAAGAACGAGAGUAAAGACAAGAAGGAGGCUGAAGAUGCUGAACGCAGAGAGAAGAAUCUGGAAGAAGCUAAAAAGAUCACGAUUGAGAACGACUCCAGCCUUCCUGAACCCAAAACUGUGAAGAUUGAUAAACUGGAGGCUCACAGGGAGCAGAGGGUGAAGGUGUUCGGUUGGGUUCAUCGGUUACGCAGACAAGGAAAGAACCUGUUGUUUAUUGUGCUGCGGGACGGAACUGGUUUCCUGCAAUGUGUUCUCACUGACAAACUGUGUCAGUGUUAUAACGGACUGGUGUUGUCGACGGAGAGCAGCGUAGCUCUGUAUGGAACCGUGAAACCAGUUCCUGAGGGAAAACAGGCUCCGGGUGGUCAUGAGCUGCACUGUGAUUUCUGGGAGCUGAUGGGUCUGGCUCCGGCCGGCGGUGCUGAUAAUCUGCUUAACGAGGAGUCGGAUGUGGACGUGCAGCUCAACAACAGACACAUGAUGAUCCGCGGGGAAAACGUCUCCAAGAUCCUGAAAGUGCGCUCAGCCGUCACACAGUGUUUCCGGGAUCAUUUCUUCAGCCGAGGAUACUGCGAGAUAACUCCGCCCACUCUGGUGCAGACACAGGUGGAGGGCGGAUCCACACUCUUCAGUCUCAACUAUUUCGGUGAGAAUGCAUACCUGACGCAGUCAUCUCAGCUCUACCUAGAGACCUGCAUCCCUGCGCUGGGAGACACAUUCUGCAUCGCCCAGUCGUACCGCGCCGAGCAGUCGCGCACACGCAGACACCUGUCCGAAUACACACACAUUGAGGCAGAGUGUCCGUUCAUGAGUUAUGAGGAUCUUCUGAACCGGUUGGAGGAUCUGGUGUGUGAUGUUGUGGAUCGAGUCCUGAAGUCUCCGGUGGCGACACUUCUCUACGAUAUUAACCCUGAUUUUAAGCCUCCCAAGCGUCCGUUCAAGAGGAUGAACUACACAGAGGCCAUCGACUGGCUGAAAGAGCACAACAUCAAGAAAGACGACGGCACCUUUUAUGAGUUUGGAGAGGAUAUCCCAGAAGCCCCGGAGCGUCUGAUGACCGACUCCAUCAAUGAGACGAUAUUAUUGUGUCGCUUCCCAGCGGAGAUCAAAUCCUUCUACAUGCAGCGCUGCCCUGAGGACCGCCGCCUCACCGAAUCAGUGGAUGUCCUGAUGCCCAAUGUGGGUGAGAUUGUUGGAGGCUCUAUGCGUAUCUGGGACUCAGAUGAGCUUCUGGAGGGCUAUAAGAGAGAAGGCAUCGACCCCACACCAUACUACUGGUACACAGACCAGAGGAAGUUCGGCACGUGUCCUCAUGGUGGUUACGGUCUGGGACUGGAGCGAUUCCUCACCUGGCUGCUGAACCGUCAUCACAUCAGAGACGUCUGUCUGUAUCCACGCUUCAUCCAGCGCUGCAGGCCUUAAACACACACACACACACACACACACACACACAGUCAAGGCAUACACACAGACUCAAACACACAGUCACUCUUUCACACACAGACUCAAGCUUUCUCACACACACAGAGGCGCACACAAACACUCUCUCUCCCCCACACACACACACACAGACUCUCAUGCACACAAUCACAUGAACACAAAACAGCACUCACACAAGCACAUGCUCGCAACACAGUCACAGACACACACACAAGCAUACAGCCACCAACACACUCUCCCUCACGCACAACACACCCUCUGUCCCACACACACACACAAAUGUACCUCCCAGUCACACACGCAUAUACAACACACACCCUUUUCUUUGUCCCAUACACAAACAUACAACACACAUCCUCUGCCACACACUGUUCCAACACACACACACACACACACUUCACUGCAAGAGACCAACUAGGAAAUGAAUCUCUGUCUCUGAUUGGCUGAGGUGAUAUUUAUAAAUAUGUGAUGUGUAAUCCUCUGACUGUAGAUGUUCUGAUGGUGUCGCUCUGUUACUGCACUGCAGCGUUUAUCUGUGACUAAAGAUAAUCAAUAAAUCAGUCAGUCAAUCAA